CUAUGCACGUACGUACAAUAUGAAGUACUGUUGUUCUCGAUUUAAAACAACUAAAAGCUGAGAAAAAAAAUAUUCGACGAUUUGAAGAAAUCGAAGUUUUGGGAAUUGCAAAUGAAACUGUCUUUAUAGGAAGAGGGGUUGCGUCUUGUAAGUUUUGUUGCUUGGCAACUGGCGAAAAUUCCUGUAACUGACGUUAGAAGAACUACUGUCAAGAUAUGUGGAGCACUGUAGACUAUUCCUUAAAUUGUGACGAAGAAUUCCGAGAAUUAUCCAACGCUGCAGCUCUACAAGAGCUCUACGACUCGGAGACGGAAAAGGAGGGUUGGAUACGUAAGCUUUUACCUUCUAGUAAGGCCUUUGAAAACGAGAAGCACGAAUUUCUUGCUAAUUGUAGCGAGUUUCCACAAAGUGUUUUAGAAAAUGACGCAACAAAGAAACUGGAAAAAAUUACGAAGGAAACGGACGACUCCACCGCGCAACUUGUGAAAUUGGACGGUUUACAAUCCCUUAUAGAGUCGUCAGCCACUUGGGAUGACGAAGAUCGAAAGGCAUAUUCAGAAUUUUUGUCAUCACUUUAUUCUCCAGAAGACAAAGACUAUGGUCCUGAAGACUCUAGCGAUGAAGAUUUUGAUUAUCUGCUAGAAGUCCAGAACGAAACUGACGAUGAAGAGGUUGGUUGUUUGGCUUUAGUUUUUUGCCCGCUAAUUUGUGUAAAGGAAUACAGAAAUGACCCAACUGCAAGAAUUCCUGGUAAGGAAUUGGUGGAUCUUGUGAGUGGAAAACCAUCCUAUUCUUUUCGAAGAAGCAAAAAAUGCCAUAAUAUGAAAAAUUCUAAUCCGAAGAAGAAGCCAAGAACACAAUGCAGACAGGUGGAAGAGCAACCCGUAAAUUCUAAAUGGACUCCGCACGUUUCCUCAGAAUUCAGCAGAGCUAAACCUAUAAUGCCUGCAAAUAUGAAAGCAUGUCUUUCUCAUUUCAACUCUACAUGUUCACAGUUUCAUUUUCGACAGGAUUCUCUGGAGCUAGUUUCUUUGCAAGUGAGUCGUCAUAUACAACUCUUGAUUCAAACUUGUCUUCUAGUGGGACAAGAGCCUUUGAAAGAUGAUAGUGCUUUGAAACUUUCGAGGAGAAUGUUGAAUGACUGGAAGCGAGCUUCGGACAUUUGCGUGAGCUAUCGAAAGUUCUUUACCGAAACAGUUCUAGAGUACGAACCAAAUACUACAUUAGAUAGGUCUUCAGUCUCCUUUUUUGACACUCCAAUAUUACGCAUUGUUCCGGAUUUAUUAUCAUUGACCGACAAAUGUGAUUGUUUACAAAGCUCUGAUAUACAGAAGUUGUUGGAAACUUUUUGCCCUUAUUUGGACGAAGAAUUAUUUCCAAAACUCCCAAAAUAUAGUUUCUAUAUGGGUUCAAAUCAUUCCAUAUUGGAUGCGCAAUACAUAGAUGUCAACCAAGUGAAGUCGACGUUAUCUUCAGAAGAUCAGUGGAGUAGUGCUGAAGACAGUUUGAUUGCAACACUUAUUCGUGAAUAUGGCUCAGACUGGUUGGAAAACUAUGAACGAUUGCUUCCUUCAAAACAGUACGAUGAAGUUUGGAGAAGGUAUAGAUUUUUGAGUGGUCGUCAUGCACCGGACAAUCCGGUGAAACGUUUGGUCAUCGAAAGACAAAGACCACUAUCCAGUGAAGAAUGGCGAAUAUUAGAACACGGUGUCUAUCUAUAUGGCGAUAAUGCAUGGAAACAAAUUGAAAUAAAUUUGCUACCUCAUAGAGACCAAGUUAUUUUGCAGCGGAUGUGGAAACAGAGACAGAAAAGGCGACGACAGAAGAUAAGAGAGAAUGAGAGACACAAGCAAGAAGCGAGAAAACUUGCUAAGCGAUUAAGACAGCAAGCAUUGGAAGAAGACCGGAAAAAAUGCGAAAAGGAGAGGUGUUUGGAAAACAUUGACAUGGAAGAAACCAAUAAUGGAACAAUGACGACUCGAUUGGAAUUUGACAACUCUAGCAACUGGUUGAUUGUUGAUGGAGAUGUGAAAGUACAUUUUUCACAUGAAGAUGAUAAGAAACUAUUAUCACAAGUCAGGGCUUUUGGUGCCACAGAAAGGACAUUCCUAGCACUUGCCAAAAUUUUAGGUGAUGGAAAAACACCGGAAGUGAUACGAAAACGAUAUUCACAAUUAUUAUGGUGGCUACAACAAUCUACCAACGUUGUCUAUCCAUCCAACACUAACAACAGCGAGACUUGUGAAAAUUCAUGAUUAAAUAAACUUUAUCAAAAUUUA